UGACUAAAAGGGGCGGGGCCACGGCAACCUCAAGCAGGCGUCGAGUUUAUACUUUUCAAACCAAUAAGUUGAUGCAAAUAGGUUUUCAGACACUUUCUAAAUGUGCAAACUUUGAGUUAACUUAAACAUGAAUGACGUAACAGGAGCGCAGCUCAUAGCGGAGUCUCUCAAGACCCAGGGAGUGGAGUACAUGUUCGGGAUCGUCGGGGUUCCAGUCAUAGAGGUGGCCAUGGCUGCACAGGCUGCUGGGAUCAAAUAUGUGGGGAUGCGCAAUGAGCAAGCGGCCUGCUAUGCUGCUUCUGCUGUAGGAUACCUGACUGGAAGACCAGGUGCUUGUCUGGUGGUGUCAGGACCAGGGCUCAUUCAUGCUCUGGGGGGAAUGGCCAAUGCCAACAUGAACUGCUGGCCAGUGGUCGUGAUCGGUGGAUCAUCUGAUCGAAACCAAGAAACAGCCGGGGCCUUUCAAGAGUUCCCACAGGUUGAAGCUUGUCGUCUGUACAGCAAGUUCUCCGCCCGACCAAGCAGCCUAGAAGCCAUCCCAGCAGUGAUUGAGAAGGCAGUGCGCUCGAGCAUCUACGGCCGACCUGGAGCUUGUUAUGUGGACAUAGCUGGAGACAUGGUCAACGCUAACGUGGGCAGAAGUAGCGUCAGAGUUGUGUCCUGCUGUCCACCUCCUCCCGUCAGUUUGGCUGACCAAAAUGAAAUUUCCAAAGCAAUGACCACCCUAAAAGCCUCCAAACGACCUUUAGCUAUCAUUGGCAAAGGAGCCGCCUACGGCCGAGCGGAGGCUGCUCUCAAGAGCUUUGUGGAGUUCAGUGGUCUGCCGUUUCUGCCCACACCCAUGGGGAAAGGAGUUCUGCCUGACGACCAUGUGAACUGUGUGGCUGCCGCCCGCUCAAGAGCUCUGCUCCAGGCAGAUGUAAUUCUCCUUUUUGGAGCGCGCCUCAACUGGAUGCUCCAUUUUGGUUUGCCCCCGAGAUUUGAUCCUGAAGUGAAAGUCAUCCAGGUCGACAUUUGUGCCGAGGAGAUGGGGAACAACGUGAGACCAGCUGCUGCUCUUCUGGGUGACGUCACUGCUGUGGUUCUACAGCUUCUAGAGAGCAUCCAGAAAGCUGGCUGGAAGUAUCCCUCUGACACAGACUGGUGGAGCACACUAAAGGAGAAAAUGGCUGCCAAUACAAAAAUUUCACAAGCUCUUGCUCUGCAGACCACCUUGCCCAUGAACUACUACACAGUGUUCCACCACAUGUCUAAGCUCCUGCCGCAUGACUGCAUCAUCGUCAGCGAAGGCGCCAACACGAUGGACAUUGGACGCACAAUGUUGAACAACUACUUCCCACGACACAGGUUGGAUGCAGGGACAUUUGGGACGAUGGGCGUCGGACUUGGUUUCGCUAUCGCAGCUGCUGAAGUGGAGCGGAGUAAAGGUGGUGGGAGACGGGUUGUAUGUGUGGAAGGAGACAGUGCUUUUGGCUUCUCUGGUAUGGAGGUAGAAACAAUGUGCAGGUAUAAUCUACCUGUGGUCAUCAUUGUGGUCAACAACAACGGCAUCUAUAGCGGAGUGGACCCUGAAACCUGGAAGGAACUGGCCAAACUUGGAGACCUAUCCACUGUGGCACCUCCUGUGACCCUGCUCCCAGAGGCUCGCUACGAUGAGGUCAUGACAGCGUUUGGAGGUCGAGGUUUCUUGGUGAGGACGGUGGAGGAGCUGCGUAGUGCUUUGGAACAGAGCCUGAGUGACUGGACGAGACCCAGUCUGCUCAACGUGCUCAUCAGCCCGUCAUCUGACAGGAAGCAGCAGGUACCAACAUGGAGGUGGAAUGAAACCCUGAUAUGACGGCAUCAAACAAUAGCCAUGUGAGAUUAAAAUCUGGACCAGUGGGGAAUGGUGUGUUUAACCGAGCGAUUGGUGCCAUCACAGUGAGCUCUCACACCUUUUUCAGAGCGGCAAUAACUUUCUCAGUGGGACAUUAUAGCGAAGAGCGUGUGCUCAGUUUGGCCUCGGCAUGACUGGCAUGCCUUGCUCAACAGCAACUGUACGCUCAGGUGCACAGGAGAAGAGAGCACUGUUGCAUCUACAAUCCCUCCACCUCACACCGGCCUGACCUUUCUAUUAUAAGAGCCCCAUAAUUAGAAAGCCGGGCUCUCUGUGUUUAUGUUGAAUGUAUCCAUGCAACGCCUUCACGUUUGAAGGUUGUUUUGGGGAGUGUAGCCAUGGAGCCCGAGUUCCGUGACGUUACUUAUUCAACGUGAUUCAAUCUAAGAUCUGAUAAUGUGAUGCUUC